UCAAGAUGAUUAUAAACUUCUCCAUUUCUAUACAAUAGACUAUAAAAGCUUCCUAUUGAUGACAGCUAAUUUGCCAUACUGUCAUCAUAAAAUAAACUUAUAACUGCGGUGAAAGGGAAAUUAUGUUCUCCUAUAAUGACAAUGCAUAUUAUAAUAUAAACUACAAAGAAAUAGAAAUUGAAGAGGAAUAGAAUAUCCAAAGGUCGGUUGCGACCAACUUUGAAGUAGCGAUAGAAAGUCCCGUGUGUGCUUCUGAAGGAAGGAAUAGAAUGUGCAUGAUAAUGAAAAUGUCAAAGAAAGGAAAAAAAUCAACUUAAAAAGAGGACGUUAUUCACCAUAUUUCUAAAACAAAGAAAUAUUAAAAAGUCAUCUUUGCAAGCUGUACUUUGUACAAUAUUUUUCCACUUGUCACCAAAGAAAUAUUCUUCAAAGCAUGGACUUUGAAAACGUAAAUCCCCUGAACGUUCGAUUAAACAAGUUCUCAGGCAACUUGUUACCAAUGACUAGCGACGAUUCUCUGUUCCCUGUAACAUGGAGAAUAUAUAGCGCUGUUAUAUGGUUGAUUGAAGUAAUUCAAACUAGCGCAGUAAUUCCCGGAAUCUUGUUCGUGCCAAGAGACAAAGCUUUGCAGGACGCAACGGUUGGCAUAGUCGUCACCAUAGAAGUGUUUUUCUUAUUGAGGCAAAUGCAUGUGCAUAGAGAUCUUGUGAUUCGACUGAUUCAACAGCUAAAUGAAAUACUGCGCGCUGAAGACAAGACAAUGAAGAUCGUUGUGAGGUCGACCUUAAAGCCGAUAGAUAUUCCGCUCAAAUUUUAUUGCACGGCUGGGACUGUAUCCAUACUAGUGUGGUGCUGCAUGUCUUUCGCGUUGAUCUUCAAGAAGAAAUGUUUUCUCUACGAGGACUAUAGGCUACCAAUAGUUCUUUCGAAGCAACCAUUCUCGAUUGAGAUGUUUCUACUGGGAAAUUGUAUUGCAUCUAUUGCCAGCGUGUAUAUGUUUAUAAAGAAGGUUGCCUUGGAUGUCUAUAUGAUAAAUCUCGUGUUACUGGUAACAGCACAAUAUCGCUACAUUGCGGUGAAGCUCGCAGCAAUAUUUCGGGAAAACACUCCACCGAAUCAGUGUAAUGAAUUCGAAGAAUAUCCUACGGUGGAUUCAUUGACAAUCCUGAAAAUGAAAGCGUUAUGCCGACAUCACAAUGCUGUGGUUCAGUUAACGUUAUUGCUAAAGAAACUGCUGUCUUUAAAUAUGAGUCUAAUGUAUAUGACAAACGUUUUCAUUUUUUGCUUUCUCGACGUCAUGCUGAUAGGUGCACAAUGUACGUCAAAAAUUCAGAUAUUAUCGAAGGCUACCCUAGAAGGAAUUAUGGUUGUCAUGUAUAUAUCUGGCGGCCUAGUACAGCUUUAUAUUUUAUGCUUGUGCGUUAAUCAAUUACUAGAUGCGAGUAUAGAGAUAACAGAUAAAGCAUUCCAUGAGAAAUGGUAUCAGUUUGGACCAUCAUUGAAACAUAUGUUCAGGAUGAUGAUAAUAUCUAAUAGUUUAGAGUGUAAACUUUCAGUAUCUGACAGGUUUAAUCUUUCUCUGCCUUCAUUCAUGGCGAUUUUGAAUCAAUCGUACUCAUUCGCUCUUCUAUUUUUAAGAAUGAAAUAAAAAUUUACGAGUUCUAAAGAACGGCGGAACUUAAUUAAGGUUAAUAAAAUAAUUAAAUAAAAGUUAAAAACUUAUUUACAUAUUAUAUAUACAGUAUAUGUUACUCAGGUAUAAAGUAAUCACCUUAAAAAAUAACUUUUUUUAAAAAAAGAUUUGUACCACUAUUGAUCGCUCUUGUAACGCGAGCGUCACGUUGUGUCAAAAAUGU